GGACUGCUAUACUUGUGCCCUUCUACCCACUAUUAUCAGCAGCAACCACAAUGCUGCUCAUCUGCCAUAACACUAAGUCAUUUAUCCGCUCCCUGGAAUGCUGUGACUUCACUCAAGAGGGACGUAGCUGGAGCUGAACAAUACGCCGAUAGAGACCACAGAGUUCAACUGGACCGGUCUCAACCCAAUGAGGACACAACGCACAUGCCCACGCGGACAUAGUAUUUGCUGUAAUUAUGGCUCUUCCCUGGCUCUCAAGAUCCCUUUCUGGGCUACUCAUGGAGACGGCGUCCCUAAAUUGUCAGAGGAAUUUCAGUGUAUCUGCUGUUGCUGCAGCCAUUCAAAAAAUGACAAGAGUACGUGUAGUGGACAACAGUUCUCUUGGAAAUACUCCAUAUCACCGUCCUCCGAGAGUGAUCCAUGUCUACACCAAGAACGGCGUAGGAAAAGUUGGUGACAGAGUGUUACUUGCCAUUAAAGGACAAAAGAAGAAGGCGCUUAUCGUUGGACACAAAAUGCCUGGAGAGCGGAUGGCUCCACGCUUUGAUUCUAACAAUGUUGUACUCAUUGAGGACAAUGGGAACCCCACAGGAACAAGGAUUAAAGUCCCUGUACCCACACAUCUACGUAAACUAGAGGGAGAUUACUCUAAAGUAUUGGCAAUUGCUAAUUCAUUUGUCUAACUGUGUCAAAUAUGUGAACAUUUUGUGCUCAAGUUGUCUUCAAUAAACUUUAAACGAACAGA